AUGGCUUCGAAGAUCAUUGUAAUUGGAAAUGUCAACUGCGAGUUGCAGGACGUGUUCACGAAGCUCGCGAAGCUUCAUGUCAAGCAGAGUUUCUCCUUCGCCAUCAUCGCUGGAGACCUCUUCGGUGAAUGCUCUACAGAGCAAGAACUCAAGCAGAUGACAGACUUGCUGUCAGGACACAUCGCAGUCCCACUUCCAACCUACUUUACGCUGGGAAGCAAGCCACUACCCGCGCGAGUGAUCGAGCAAAUCGAAGCCAACGAUGAAGUCUGCCCCAAUCUGUACUUCUUAGGCAAGCGCGGCACGCUGAAGACUUCAGAGGGGAUCCGCAUUGUCGCUCUCGGCGGCAACCUCGAGGAUGCCACUGACUCAAAGGACAAGUAUCAUCCCGGAUAUGCAGAGUCAGAUGCCCGGACGCUCAUCGGCGCACAUCAUGCCGACAUCCUCCUCACCCACCAGUGGCCCAAGGGCAUCCGGGCUGGAUCAAAAGUGCCUUUCCCAGAGGAGGUUGCGCCACCUCAAGAAACACAAUGCAUCGCAGAUCUCGUCUCUGCACUCAAGCCACGCUACCACCUCUCCUCAACACACGAUGGCUUCUUCUACGAACGCGAACCCUUCUUCCACCUCCCCACAGAAGACAGUCCAGACGCCAAACCUCUCACCCGCUUCAUCAGCCUGGCUCCGUACAGCAAAACCUCCAAACAAAAAUGGAUGUACGCCUUCACACUCAACCCCAAAGCGGCUCCUGCCCUCACCAUCCCUGUCGGCGCAACAGCCUCCCCUUUCUCCAUUACCGCUAUGAAACGCAAGCCCCUCCCCGACCAAAACUCCUCAUUCAGCCGCUUCGCCCCAACUGACCACCACGACCACCACCAACGCCCGCGCAAACGUGCGCGCGCCCCUCCCCCAGGCCCAGAACAAUGCUUCUUCUGCCUCUCAAACCCCAACAUCGCCACGCACCUCAUCACCUCCAUCGGCACCGAAGCCUACUUAACAACCGCAAAGGGCCCCCUCCCCACAUCCAAAACCUUCUCUCCUUCUCUCAACUUCCCGGGCCACAUGCUCAUAAUCCCAUUCAGCCACACCCCAACUCUAAACAGCAUAACCGACACUGCCUCCCGCAAGGAGACAUACGCCGAAAUGAACAAAUACCGCUCUGCUUUACACACCAUGCUCCACGCCCGCAGCGGCAGCAGCGCUACACCACUUGGUGCUGUCACCUGGGAAGUCAGCCGCAGCUCCGGAAUCCACACCCACUGGCAAUUCCUCCCUGUCCCCGCUGACCUUGUCACGCGCGGGCUCGUCGAAGCCGCAUUCAAAGUCGAAGCCGAGAACCUCAAGUACCCCAAGUUUGAGCGCCCAACAGCCGGCGCAGAUGAACAAUCAGAAUCAGAUCCGAGCGCCGAGCCCGGCGACUUUUUCCGGCUGUGGAUUUGGGGUCCCCCGCCUGCUGACUCAACAGAAGGCAAGGGCAGCGAAAAGACCCUCCUCCUCCAACUAACGGACGACUUCCGCUUCGAUCUGCAAUUCGGGCGACGGGUUAUGGCGAAACUAAUGGGUCUCGAGAAGCGAAUCAAUUGGAAAGACGACGUGCAGUCUCAGGCAGAGGAAGAGAGUGAUGCGGCGGCGUUCAAGGAGGCAUUCAAGGAGUUUGAUUUUACCUUGGAGGAGUAG